AUGGGAAGGAUCUUUCUUGUUGAAUACGAUGAAUUUCCAGAAGAGGAUUUCUUCCUUUGUCGGAUAUGCAAAACCCGAAUUGGAUUAGUCGAGGAUCACGUUGAUAACGUGGAAGAUGAGAGAAGAGCGGUCUUUAAUAAAGUGUUUAACGUAGAAGUGGACAAGGAGAAUCACCAUAAAAAAGAAAAUGGGAAAACCGUAGCUGAUACUUACUGCGUUAAAUGUGGGAUGUUGCUAGGGGUGAAACUUAUUACAGUUCCUCACCCGACCAUUUAUUUUAAACAAGGAAGAUUCUUGAUGAAGACGGAUAAGCUUGUUUAUUGGAAUGAUGAUCCGAUGUUUUUAGAUGAAGGCAAUAAUGAACAUGAUCAUGAUCAAGAUUGA